UUUAGGUCAGAAACACUUAUUUCUUCUUCUUCUUCACAGAGCCUCUUCCGCCUCUCUCUCAAAAAAUGUCAUCUUCUACAACAACCCUUUCUUCAUCUGAACCAGAAAUUCCUCCUAAACCACUAAAUCCAUCAAGGGUUACACCUGAAACCAUUGGAAGAGCAGUAGAAGCUCUAAAAAAAUGGAACAAAACAAGAUCAAAAGAUGGAACUCCACAACUCAUAGAACAAGAUGAGUUCUUAUACCUAGUACUAACCCUAAAGAAAAUCCCAGCUAAUGGCCGAACAAAUCCAUACAAAAUCCCAUUAUCCCAUUCACUUCAUCCAUCUGAUUCUACUGAAGAACAUUGUUUAAUCAUUGAUGACCGUUCUAAAUCAACUCUCACAUCUGAAGCUGCUAAGAAGAAAAUCGCAGAGGAAAAUAUACCAAUCUCUAAAGUGCUCAAGCUUUCGAAACUCAAGACUGAUUAUCGAGCUUUCGAAGCGAAACGAAAGCUUUGCGAUUCUUAUGAUUUCUUUUUUGCAGAUAAAAGGGUUAUCCCAUUGCUUCCAAAGCUAUUAGGUAAGCAAUUUUUUAAGAAGAAGAAAAUUCCUGUUCCUAUUGAAGUGACACAUAAGAAUUGGAAACAACAGAUUGAGAAUGCUUGUACCUCAGCUCUAUUUUAUUUGAGAACUGGUACUUGUAGUGUUAUUAAAAUUGCUAGGGUUUCUAUGGAAAAUGAUGAAAUUGUUGAGAAUGUUGCCGCUGCGAUUGAUGGUGUUGUAGAGAUUGUUCCGAAGAAAUGGGCGAAUGUUCGUUCGUUUCAUUUGAAAAUGUCUGAGUCUUUAGCAUUACCUGUUUAUCAAGCUGUUCCUGAUUUGGGUUUGAAAAUUGAGGGUUUGAAGAAGGUUGAGGAAUUGGAAGAGAAGGAAUCGGUAGAGGAAGGUGAAGAAGAGGAGGUGAAAGAGAAGAAGAUUACACCUGCGAAGAAGAAAGGGUCUAAGAAGGGAAGAAUUCAUGAGGUUAGGUAUAUGGAUGAUGAUAUUGGUGAAGCUUUGGAUAAUUUAUCUGAUGAGGAGGAGAUUGAAAAUGCUGAAUUGGUGGGCAAGAAGAGAAAGAAGGGAGGAAGUUCGAAAAAAGAGAAAGUUGUGGGAGAGGAGAAGAAACCAAACAAGUCUUCUAAGGAGGCUUUGGAUAAUUUAUCUGAUGAGGAGGAGAAUGAAAAUGCUGAAUUGGAUGCUAAAUUGAUGGGUAAGAAGAGAAAGAAGGUAGGAAGUUUGAAAAAAGAGAAAGUCGUGGACGGGGAUAAGAAACCAAACAAGUCUUCUAAGGAGGCUUUGGGUAAUUUAUCUGACGAGGAGGAGAAUGCAAAUGCUGAAUUGGGUGCUAAAUUGGUGGGUAAGAAGAAAAAGAAGAUGGGAAGUUCGACAAAAGAGAAAGUUGUUGACGAGGACAAGAAACCAAACAAGUCCUCUAAGGUGAAGAAGGUUGCAAUUGGGAAGCAGGAUGAUGGAGAUGUCGAGAAUGAAGUUGCUGAUGAUGUCUCCCUAUCUAGUGGAUCCAAGAAGAGGAAGAAGAAAACUAGUAAAACUGACAAGUCUGUGAAUGGGGAGUUGAAGGCGAAGGUUAAGAAGAGCAAGAGAACAGCAAAAGCUUGAGAUGUGUCUGGUUUUGUUUUGAUGAGAUUUGAGACGACAAGCUUGCUGAGGAGAUCCUCCUGCCAUCUACACUUCUUUAAGGUCAAAUAUGAUUAUGCGUGCAAGUCAUUUUACUUGCAGUUUUUAAGUUUUAGUAUUUUGUUGUGAUGUUUUCUUUGCUUAAUCAAAACUCAAUUGCUUUAGAGUAGAUUUUUUUUGAAUAGCAUAAUAUGUGUGCCUUACGAAUAUUACUCUUUAUAGUGCUGCAAUUGAACUUACAAUUGCCAUUACUGGAUGGAGGGUUUCUUAUUCAUAUAUGCUUUUAGUCGGGAAACUUUAAAGAUGCCUAUUUCAUUUUC